CCACCACAACACCAAACUCAAUCUCUUCCAUCCGCCACAACCCAUCUACAUCUACAUCUUCAUCUUCUAUCAUCACGUGUGGCCGGUAUCAACAGCUUCAUCCUUGUACCAUACGCGCUUCGCUACUCCUCCCGGCCACAGAUCUUGACUCUCUUGCGGCUUGCUAUCUAGCUAUCGCGGGGUAAUAGCGGGCGCUGGCUCAUAUCUGUCGCAAUGGGUCGUCGUCCAACCGCCCCCCCGCCGCGUCCCCCGAAUCCUCUGCGCAACCAACGCGAGAUUCGGGCUCCCACGCCCCUCGCCCGCAAAGCAAUUAGCAAUGCCGCCAAACCUGCCAAGCGCGCAUGUCCAAAUAAAGAAUGUUCCAGCCCCCAGGUUGAGGACGGCAUUUGUCACAAUUGCGGUACAAUUGUCGAUGAUUCCAACAUCGUUGCUGAGGUCCAGUUCGGCGAGACGAGCCAGGGUGCCGCAGUUGUCCAGGGUAGCUUCGUCAGUGCCGAUUCUGGGGUAGCGAACAGCCUGGGACCUGCGUUUAGGAGAGCCGGAGGAGGCGGUGAAGAUAGAGAGAGUACCAUCCGGGAGGGAAAACGUAUCAUGACUGCAUUGGCAAAUCAGCUUAACAUCCAAGAGGCUAUUGUCAAUAGCGGAGUGCAGAUCUUCAAGCUUGCUGCUAUGGCCAACUUUAUCCAGGGUCGGAGAAUGGAUAUGGUGGCUGCUUGCUGCUUAUACAGUGCUUGUCGAAAGGAGAAGCCAUGCAGGGUCAUGCUCAUUGACUUUGCUGACAAGGUUCAGGUCAAUGUUUUCAAACUCGGUCACACGUUCAAGGCAUUGCAUAAUACGGUCACCCUGGCGAAGGAUGGUAUUCAACCUGUCCUCCCUGAAGACUUGAUCUAUCGAUUCGCAAUGAAGCUUGAUUUCAAGACCGCUACUAAUAAGGUCGCCGAAGAUGCAGUCCGCAUGGUUCAGCGUAUGAGUCUGGAUUGGAUGGUCAUGGGCCGACGUCCAUCUGGUGUCUGUGGUGCAUGUCUUAUCUUGGCUGCUCGCAUGAAUAAUUUCCGUCGAACUGUGACUGAAGUCGUCUAUAUUGUCAAAGUCACAACACAUACAAUUCAGAAGCGUCUAGAUGAGUUCAAAAGAACGCCCAGUAGCGCUCUUACCGUCGAAGAAUUUCUGAACAACGAAUUUUUGGAAUCGGCUCACGAUCCACCAUCUUUCUAUGAGAAACAAGAGGAGUUCAUCAAGAAUAAGAAGACCCGAAAGCGAAAGCGCAAGGGUGAGUCUGCUGAUGAGAACAAUGAGGGGGCCGAGGGCGAAGGAGAUGAUGCGAACAAGCGCAGAAAGACAGCCUUAACCCCAGGAGAAAUCCGCCGUGAUGCUGACGGUUUCGCCAUUCCUCCCCCCCCAACUCCACAAAGUCAACCAAACAAAGACAUCCCUAUCGAUCCAAACCUCGUUGAUGCUGCAAUUGAAGACCAAUCCGGCACCUCCUUUGAACAGCUCGUGUCACAAUUCGGCGACGCACUUGAUGCCCCUGCCUCCGAGGACGAGGACGACGAGGAUGACGAAAACAUUUCCAAAGACUCAGGUGGUCGUCCAAUAUAUGUUCCCGAAGAGUGGGCCGCUGAUGAGCGCAAUCUUGAAGACCAAAUCUCCGAGAUGAUUUCUGAUCCUCACACCCAAUCGCACGCCAUUGCCUAUGCUCGCGCUUGUAAGCGUGCUAACAAAUACAUGAACUUCCUCCGACAAACCUACCCACAGAAGGAAAUCAGCAUGGAUGUGCAUAUUGGCGAGGACGAGUUCGCAGACGACCCAGAAGUCAUGAAUUGCAUGCUCAGCCCCGCUGAUGUAGCGGCCAAGGAAAGGGUCUGGGUCAAUGAGAACAAAUCAUGGCUACGUAAGCAGCAACUCAAAGAAUACCAGAAGCGCAUGGCAGCAGAUGGACCACCAAAAGCAACCAGAAACCGCAAGAAGAAACCACGUAUUGGAGAGGGACAGACCAGCGCAGCAAAUUCACCAGCCGAGGCUGCAAUCAGUGUUCUUAAAUCACGUACAUGGAGCAAGAAGAUUAACUACGAUGUCAUUGGGGGAAUGUUUGAUGAUUUAGGCUACCCGGGCAGUUCGCUGGGCUCUGCUACCACCAGCCGUAGGACAAGUGUCGCCGGCUCGACGGUUGCAAGCUCGGUUGCGGGCUCACCAACCGCGGACGACGAAGACGAGGAUGAGGAGAGUGGUCCUAAUACAGCCGCCGAGAAGGCAAAGACCGCCGCCCCGGCCCCCGUCCAACGUGAACGGGAACCUAGCGUGGCUCCAAGUGUAGCUAGCGCGGCUGAGACAGAGGACGAGACCGCGGAUUGGCGCGCCGGUUUCAAGAAGCCUCGUCCAGAAGACGGCGAGGAGAUGUUCGAUGAUUACGACGAAGAAGAGUACGAUGAUCCUGGCAUGGGAGAUGUAGAGGAUAUGGAUGGCACAAUGGGAGAUUUUGACGAUGAUGAUUAGGAUCAAAACAGGGAUCAAAACAGGGUUGCAGUAUCAGACCCAUAUGGGUGGUGAUCUGAUACCUAGAUGUCGGUAUCUUUUGAUGAUGAUGAUUAGGAUCAAAACAGGGUUGCAGCAUCAGACCAAUAUGGGUGGUAAUCCGAUACCUACAUGCUUGGUAUCGCCGGUCAACAAAGAUCUCUUC